AUGGCUUCUACAUCGGCGAAGGCAACUGCCACAAAAUCAAUUCUUAAACCGGUAACGACUUUGAAGAGUCAUGGACAGGACUUCGGCUUUGGAUCCAUAUCAUACUUUCCUGACGGCCAGCGAAUGAUCAGCACAUGUCAUGAUGACACCGUUCGGCAAUGGGAUCUGAAGGCGGGUAGGGAGAUUGAGGAAGCUCGGGAUGUUUGGAAGAAGGAGGUAUUGGCAGUUGCAGUAUCAAGGGAUGGUCGAUGGGUUGUGACUGCAGGUGGAGAUGACGACACCGGGGAACUGAAAGCCUGUGAAGUUGAGACGGGGAUUGUAAAAGAAUUCAAAGGCCACUCAAGGAGGAUCGACUGUAUUGAUAUCUCCGCGGACGGCACACUGCUGGCGAGUGGGGCCAUGGAUCGGACAGUACGGAUAUGGAGCUUGGACACCGGCCAACUCGUGGCCGGUCCAUUUGACACUGCCAUCGAUGAUUGGCUGGGCGCAGUUCGAUUCUCGAUGGAUUCUAAGAAGCUCGCAAUGAAGUUUGAUAGCGGGACGUGCCUUGAGGUCUGGGAUGUCCAAACACAGAAAUUGGAUGCCAGCCGCAGGAAAGAGAUGGUGGAGGGUUACAUAGUAAACUCGCAUGCACCAAUUUUCUGGACAAACAAAAACAAAAACAUCUUGGCCCCAUUCACCUUCACAGAUGGCUAUGCCGAGAUGAUCUACGAGUUCGACGCAUCGACAUUGGAGACUAUCGGAACUCCCUUCGAAGGGCACACCAAGGUUGUCACCGGUCUAGCACUUUCAUCCGACUGCACUCUCCUUGCUAGCACUUCAGACGACUACACCAUCAAGCUCUGGGCCUUUGAGUCCCGCAAACUCCUCGCUUCCUUCGACGUUCAACAUCAUCGGACCCGUGCCCUUGUCCUCUCACCCGACUCGCGCCAACUUGGUUACAUUCACAACGAGAUCCACAUAUGCAACAUUCCACCCGACAUCCUUGCUCAGGCCCGUACCAGUCCACAAAGCAAGUCAACCACCGCUGAUGUACUAAGAUCUCAUGCAACUCGUCGUCCUCCUGCUGUGCGCCGCAGACCACCAAUACCUGCCAUACCUAUGUCGCAGAGACCACAUUCUUCAAUCAACCCGCAGCAACCAAUUUUCCUGCGCCUCCGAAAACUUCUUCCCUUCUCUUCUCGCACGAAUGCAGUUCCGGCUGUUCAGAACAGUCAGACUCGGGGUCCUGUAGAUUUCCGUGCUACAUCGCCCUUGCCUCCCAAUCGCCUUCACACAGAACGCUCUUCGUCAACUCCCUUGCCCAACGUCAGGUCCUUUUUUAAUUCCAUACGGUUCUCAUCAGACAAGGGAAAGAAAACGGCGCGUGAACCAAAACGGAAACCUGUAGAAGUCGUCGAUGUUCCUCUCGGACAAGCUACAUACGGCGAUGUUGUUGGUGUGGACGACGGGAAAAGACAAUAUGUUGUCUUCUUCUGCCUUAGCUGGUUCCAGAAAAAGGAGAAGAUGCAGGUUCCACGGCCAGUCUAUGAUGACGAUCUCGACGAUGACGAUGACGAGGAGGAAGAUAUUCUCAAUCGAGUCGCUAUGCCUCAUGCCAGGGCCCAGGACCAAGGGGUUGGAUUAAAAACGGUGGCUAGCCAGCAACAACCGGGGGCAGGACCAUCUCGCCUUGCGAAAAACGACAAUAUUCUCAAUCGAGUCGCUGUACCUCAUCCAAGGAGGGUCCAGGAUGAAGACAUUGCAUUGGAAACAGCUGCUGGUCAGUCACAACCAAGGGCAGGACCAUCUCGCCUUGUGAACAAUGUCGAUAUUCUCAAUCGAGUCGCUGUGCCUCAUCCCAGGGUCCAGGACGAAGAUAAUGGAUUGAAAACAGCGGCUAGCGGAUCACAGCCGAGGGCAGGACCAUCUCGCCAUGUGAACAGUGUUGAUAUUCUCAAUCGCGUCGCUGUGCGUCCCCACAGGGUCCAGCAUGAAGAGAUUGAAUUGAAACCAAUGGCUAGUCUAUCUCAACCAGAGGCAGGACCAUCUCGCCUUGUGAUGAUUGACGAACACCUAGAGGCACAGUCCUCUUAG